ACGAUCGUGAUAUAUCGGGAAAUAAUAGUGGAAAAAGAUCUCGGAAGUGGUGAAGGAGCAAAUGAUCGAAGGAUCAUUAUUUUCAUUAUCGUAUUGGUGGAUCUAUCGAAGAUUCAAUGCCGUUCGAAAACGAGGCAGAACGAAGUAAAAACGAAGUGACGAUGAACGAACGUUAUCUUAUAAUGUCGUAUCGCGUAAUCGACGAGCGAAAAUCGUAAAUAAAUCGGCGAGCGACGGAAGAUUUGCCCCGGAAGAUUAGCUCUCUCUUUCUCUUUCUCUUUCUCUCUCUCUCUCUCUCUCUCUCGUCUUUUCCAAACGACGAUGCCCGGUUGCACGCGGAAUGCCUGUGAAGAGAAACCGAGAGGCGGGGGAGAAGCUGUGAAUUAGAAUGCCGACGAUUCAUCGACUGGUGAGAAUGCUUCGAUUCGGUUCCGGCUCGUGAGGUACAAAGAGGACUGGCCAACUUAAGGUUUGAUGUCUUGAAAACCUGCCUUGGCUAUAUAUAUUGGAAACAAGAGAAGGGCAAAAAAGAUAUAGAUCUUUUGGAAAACAAGGCAGACAUUCUUCGACCAAUCCAGGAGAGCGCACGAUGGACGGAAAUGCGGAAAUCGCUGAGCGGAAGUCAUCGUCAAUGGAGCGGGGGUAAAGCGCCAUGGCGAAUCAAACGGCCAAUUACUAUGGGGACGUUUAUCAAUGGAAUCACACGGUGUCGUCGGACGAGCGAGAUACGCGGACGGAAUAUUAUCUACCGAAUUGGACGGAUCUCGUUUUGGCGGGGCUGUUCACCAUGUUGAUCAUCGUCACUAUAGUGGGCAACACUUUGGUAAUUGCCGCUGUGAUAACAACUAGGCGUCUACGGUCCGUUACUAAUUGUUUCGUGUCCAGCUUGGCCGCUGCGGAUUUGCUGGUUGGUUUGGCCGUGAUGCCACCAGCAGUGCUGUUACAGCUCACAGGUGGUACCUGGGAGUUGGGCCCGAUGCUCUGCGACUCGUGGGUCUCCCUCGACAUUCUUCUCUGUACUGCCAGCAUACUAUCGUUAUGCGCCAUAUCCAUAGACAGGUAUCUAGCUGUAACUCAACCGUUGAUAUACAGCCGGAGGCGACGUAGCAAGAGAUUGGCCGGUCUAAUGAUCGUCGCAGUAUGGGUGUUAGCCGGCGCCAUCACCAGUCCACCUUUGCUAGGAUGCUUUCCACGUGCGACGAAUCGCGAUAUUAAAAAAUGCUCGUAUAACAUGGACUCCUCGUACGUGAUAUUUUCCGCGAUGGGUUCGUUUUUCCUACCGAUGCUGGUGAUGCUUUACGUUUACGGAAGGAUAUCUUGUGUGAUCGCCAGCCGACAUAGAAAUCUCGAAGCAACCGAAAGUGAAAAUAUUCGACCACGACGCAAUGUCUUGAUUGAACGCGCGAAGAGCAUCAGGGCGCGAAGAACGGAAUGCGUGACCAACAGUGUGACAUGCGACAGGCCAUCCGACGAAGCAGAACCUUCUAGCACGAGCAAAAAGUCCGGAAUCGUUCGUAGCCAUCAACAGAGUUGUAUCAACAGAGUCGCUCGAGAGACAAAAACAGCUGGCACUUUGGCAGUGGUCGUAGGUGGAUUCGUGGCCUGCUGGUUACCAUUCUUCAUCCUCUAUUUGGCCACUCCUUUCGUGCCUGUCGAACCACCUGAUAUCUUGAUGCCUGCAUUAACUUGGCUAGGGUGGAUUAAUUCGGCUAUAAAUCCAUUCAUCUAUGCCUUCUAUUCGGCCGAUUUUAGGCUUGCGUUCUGGCGAUUGACCUGUCGAAAAUGUUUCAAAAGUAGAUCCAAUUUGGAUCCCAGCAACCGGAAAUUACCAGCACCGGCUAAUUGGAAGAAAGACACAACGAGAACGUGAAGAUAAGGGAAUGAACAUUGAUACGACCACCCCUUAGGUCGUGAUCGUAACGAGGAUCACUGUGAUUUAUUUAAUAGCGCGAUUCAAAUCAAUCACAUUCACCUAAUUUAUACAAAGCGUACAUUCUCGCAUUCAAACUAAAUGAAUUUUUUUAAUAAUUUAAGAAAUAGAUAAAUAACAAGUGCAUGUAAAAUGCGAAUAUCUUUAUUAUUCGGGAGAUCGUACAAAACAUUAUAAAUACAAAAUGAUACGUACUAUUGUGAAUAUAAUUAAUAUAGAAAUUUUUAUAUAACAGAAUCUAAUAGAAUAUAAUUUAGAAAUAGAUCAAAUGAAAAGAAUUAUUUUUUAUUUCUUUAUUCGAUUCUCUUUUUAUACAAAACAAUAAGAAAUUACUAUUUUAAUAUUGAAACCGAAUAUAAUAAUAAUCAUCAUCCGAAUGAUACAUUUAUUCGCAAAAAUUCAAGCACUUUACUCGAACAAUCGUGCAUACACACGCACAAUGACUGCACAAUGUAAAAUUGAAUAAAAAAAACAGACAAAAGAAAAAUUUAUUUAUUUAAAUAAUGGCGACACUUGAAGUUUGUUUACAAUUGGUUAUAUCGAAAUGCAUACGUAAAAUAAAAUUCGUAGAAUCCAACAAACAAAAAAUAAUAACCGAUCGUAGAAAAUAGUCUUCCUUUUAUCAUUACAGUAUAUCUUGUCUUGUAUUUAUCGACGCAUAGAUAUCUGUAAAUGUAGAAAGUAUGCAAGUAUACGGAUUUUAUAACGUCCCA